GCAUCUCAAACCAGGUUUCCAAUCAUCUAUGCCAUUGCAAUGGAUAUUCUGCCUAUCCAAGCCUCUGCUAUGCCCUGUGAACGUGUCUUCUCAUCCGGAAAGAUAACAGUCACAGACUGGCGCAACAAAAUCAGUGGAGAACUCAUGGAAGCACUGCAAAUUCUCAAGUUCAGGUUCAAGCAAAGCCAUUCUCUAUCUUUCACACAUGGUUUGGACAUCGAAGAGAAGCUCAAGAACUUGGAGAGCCAUGCAGAAGAGUCUCCAGAGGAGAUCAGUUCAUAUUUAGCAUCACUCAAGUAG